AUGCAUUACUCCUUUUUAUGCAGCAAGCGUCGUGGAAACUGUUCAGCCUCUGAGUCUACAGGCAUAUUCACUUGCAUAUCGGAAGGUUUUCGCCGGCUAAUUUUCGUCAGAUCGUAUACUCGUAUGCGACCUUCUUUUAAUCCGUCCUUUCGUGGCGGUGGAUUGCUUCACAACCGUCGUCUUCAGCCACUCACCAGUCACAUGCUUCCUGUAUGGCGUCUUGUGCCGGCAUAUGUCACAUACAGUCUGUUUAGCUACCUUAUAAAAUCUAUGGUGGAAUUCAUUGCCAAAACGUAUCUUCACUGUUCCGAAGAUGAAGAUGAUGCUGAAACUGAUAUUAAUUUUGUUCUUUGCAGUAAAGGAAGGAAGGAAGCUAGUAUUCAGCUUGAUAGUGACGACCUUCAUCCUGCAAUAAACCCUGAAGUCGCGAAUAUUGGCCAUCGGAUUCCUCAUAAACCACAAGACUGGCAACUUUUAACUGCUCAGAGGGAAGAAAUUGCGCUUCAAGCAGCCUACACACGGGGUUACAAUGAAUUGCUAUCAAACGUAAUCGCUAACACCGUGGCUGAUAUUGUUUGCUAUCCGUUGGAAACAAUUGUCCUUAGGCUUUCUAUACAAGGAACUCGCACUCUUAUCGACAACUUGGAUACAGGGAAUUCUGUUUUGCCUAUUAGCACAUCCUACACUGGCUUCUUAGACUGUCUUUCCAGAGCCACGUCUAACGAACUUGGUUUUCUGGGUCUCUAUCGUGGUUUUGGUGCUCUUAUCACCCAAUAUGCUCUUCAAUAUGCUAUCCUUGUAUGUGGCCAGGUUUUUUAUGAAAAGAUAUUCUCUGUUUGGACAUCCGGCUCUUCAUCUGGUCCUUCCUUCAUAUCCCCACCUCAGUUAAACCAUUCUUUGCAUUUAUCUAAAAAUAAAAAUAAAUGA